AAGGAGAGGGAGAGGGAGAUUUUGGUAUAUAAGGCAUUGAAGCAGUUCUGCAAUGCGUCUCCAAAUUGGGAGAGAAAGGGAGAGAUAGAGAACGGAGGAGGAAGAGGAGGAGAGGGAAGGAGCGGAAAAUGGCGGAUUCUAGCGAUUCAGUUUCCAUUGGCAUGGAAACGAUCUCUCUUGGCGGAAAGGAGCACAUUAUAAAGACUCACUUUGGUUCUGUCUCUGUUUCUGUGUUUGGAGACCAAGACAAGCCAGCCCUUGUUACCUAUCCUGAUUUAGCUUUAAAUCAUAUCUCUUGCUUUCAAGGCUUGUUCUUUUGUCCAGAAGCAUGUUCCUUGCUUCUUCACAACUUCUGUAUAUAUCAUAUAAGUCCCCCUGGGCAUGAGUUGGGAGCUGGCCCAAUCAAUCCUAAUCACUAUGUGCUUUCUGUUGAUGAUAUAGCUGAUCAGGUUGCUGAGGUUCUCAACUUUUUUGGGCUUGGUGCUGUUAUGUGUAUGGGAGUUACAGCUGGAGCAUAUGUUCUCACCCUAUUUGCAAUGAAGUACAGGCAUCGGGUCCUCGGAUUAAUACUUGUUUCACCCCUCUGCAGAGAACCUUCAUGGACAGAAUGGUUGUUGAAUAAGGUGACAUCAAAUUUGCUUUACUUCUACGGCAUGUGUGGAGUGGUGAAGGAUUUAUUGCUUAAGCGGUACUUUAGCGAGGAGGUUCGUGGUAGUGCUCAAGUACCAGAAUCAGAUAUAGUUCAGGCUUGUAGAAGACUAUUGGAUGAAAGGCAGAGCACAAAUGUUUGGCGAUUUCUUGAGGCACUUAACGGGAGACCUGACCUUACGGAAGGAUUGAGAAGCUUAAAUUGCCGCUCCCUGAUAUUUGUUGGAGAGAACUCCCCAUUCCAUUCUGAGGCUCUUUACAUGACAUCAAAACUAGAUAGAAGAUACAGUGCCUUAGUUGAGGUUCAAGCAUGUGGAUCCAUGGUGACAGAAGAGCAGCCCCAUGCGAUGUUGAUACCUAUAGAGUACUUUCUCAUGGGAUACGGCUUAUACAGGCCAACUUUAAGCGUCAGCCCGAGAAGCCCUUUGAGUCCAUCUUGCAUCUCUCCUGAGCUUCUUUCACCUGAAAGCAUGGGUUUGAAGUUGAAACCAAUUAAAACAAGAAUCUCUGCCGAAGUAUGAGAGAGGCAAGUUUUCCUUUUUGAACAAAUUAUGAUGCGUAAAGUGUUUGUAACAUGUUUUGACCUGUUGGAUACAUAAGAGAGAAUCAGUAGAGGGGCUGUAGAUAGAGAAAAAAGGGGGACGCAAAGUAUAGACAGACGGGAGAUAUUUGCCAUUCUUUUAUUUUUCACGUGUUAGUUGAGGCCAAGCUGUCUGUAAAUCCUUGGAAUAAUUAUUUACUAGUGAAAAGCAAUAAUGAUAAUAAGGAGUGGUGAAUUUAUAGUUCUUUUUCUCUCAUUGUAGACAUUUUAGACAAGGGAUUAUUGUUUU